GAAAGAAUUUCAAAUCAUAGCGGAUGAUUCUUUUCUCCAAUUUUCCAUAAAAAUAAAGCCAAGCCCUCCCAGGAAACCCAACCUGAAAUAUCUUGGGAGACGCAAAUAACCUUAACUGGCACCGCUGUCGAGUUAUUUAUGUUCGUCCAAAUUUUGAAUUCUGUCGUUAUUUUCGUUCGUAUAACGGAUUAUUUUAAUGCAAUGUCCACUACAAUUCAGUAAACUCGAUUUAGGGAAAACGGAAAAAAACAGAGGGGAGACUAAAAAUGGAGAAGAACGUGCUAAGAAUUCUGUGUUCCGAUCUGAUAAAAGCACGGAAAGAGCCUGGUCUUCAAUGGCUUAUUGGGGUUCCUUUUAUGCCCUUCACCAUUAUUUCCUGUUUCAAAUGUAUUCACACCGCUGGCAAUCCCUUCGCUCCCAACUACACUGCAGAAGCAGAAGACUUGCAAGUGUUGCUUCCUCGGGGACUUGAAAUCAUUGGGGCAUUAUAUGUAAGUGACACCAAGAGUAGAGAGAAUGCACUAAAGGCUGCGGAUAGCUUUUCCGAAUUGAAAAGAUAUCUUCUCUCGGUGCAAAAUGAGAGUUCUUUUGUUACUGGUUCAACCACCUCAAACAUAGAUGGUAUAGAUUAUUUUAUAUGCACAAAGGGAAAGAGCUUACUCAUAGAAAAUUUUGAGUCUGUCAUACAUGAAGAGAAACCUGCACAGUACCUAUGGGAUGCUGCAUGUCUUCUCUGCUGUCAAAUGUCACUCAGUUUGCCAGUUUACUUCUCAUCAAAUAAAUCUUCAGAGGAACAAUUUUCUCUAUUGGUUGAAGACUUUGCUGCGAAUCUUAAAGGACCAAGAGCUGUUUUUCAGGCAGAGAAAGUGGUUAGUCAGUCUGAAGGAUGCUCAUCAGUCUUAUUACAAUGUAUGGAGUUAAAUGAUAGUGCAUCACAAAAAAAUAUCGAUUCUUUGAAAAGGAGUAUUGGAAAUCAGAAUGCAUGUUUUUUGCCUUGUUCAACCUUGUGUUCAACUGAUAAGCAUGUUUUGUCAGCAUCUGGGGUAGAGUUCCCAGAACCAAUUAAGAUAACAGUUUUUUAUCAAUCAAGUCACAAUCUCAAAGCUUUUGCACCUCGGGUUGAUUAUAUUCCUGUCAAGGAAGAUGUAAGGGUUAUAACAGUAAAAGUAAAAUUAGACAUAGCAUGUGUUGCCUCAAGGGAACUUUCUUUAUCAGAUGCAGUUUCAAAGUUGAUUAUACCAGGAUUGAUUGAGCAGCUAAAAGCAAUGUGGAAAGCAGCAGAUACAAAAACUAGAAAAUCAAAGCUGUGCAUAUAUCAUUUUUGUCCUUCAGGAUUCCUUCAUCCUGUAACAGCCAUCUAUGACCUUAGCUUUGGUGAAACUGAAAGAAAACAAGUAGAAGAAAGGAAGAGGCUUCAUGUCCGACUCAAAUUACCCUUAGAUCGGCCAAUGGUACGAGCUGCAAAUGCUUUUAUACUUGCAAGCACUGAUGCUGCUUCAGGCACUUACACCACAAGAAAGGGCACAAUGCGGCUAACCAAUGUGCACAUUGGCCUUUCAAGCAGUGGGCUUGCUGGGGGACAAAUGAGUUUGGUAGAAGGUUCUUAUGAAUACUACCAUUAUCUUCAAGAUGGCCUUGAUGACAAUGGUUGGGGUUGUGCGUACCGUUCUUUGCAAACUAUCAUAUCAUGGUUUAGGCUUCAACAAUACACCUCAGUUGAUGUGCCAUCUCACAGAAAAAUACAAGAAACUCUUGUAGAAAUUGGUGAUAAGGAGCCCUUAUUUAUUGGAUCACGGGAAUGGAUUGGAGCUAUUGAACUUAGCUUUGUUUUAGACAAACUGCUUGGUACCAUCUCUUACUGCCUUCUAGUUGGAGUUGGAAAAGAUAUAAAGGAAAAUAUUAAAGUAAGCUGCAAGAUUUUAAAUGUAAGAUCCGGGUCGGAGCUUCCAGAGAAAUGUCGUGAAUUAGCAUUACACUUUCAGACACAAGGAACUCCUAUUAUGAUUGGAGGUGGCGUCCUAGCUUAUACACUCCUUGGAGUUGACUACAAUGAGCUGAAUGGAGAUUGUGCAUUUCUUAUUCUAGAUCCCCAUUAUACAGGGACAGAUGACCUAAAGACAAUACAAGUAAAUGGAUGGUGUGGAUGGAAGAAAGCAGUCAGUAGCAAAGGAAAAGAAUUUUUCUUGCGUGACAAAUUUUAUAACCUAUUGCUUCCACAAAGGCCAAAUAUGGUAUAAACAUGCAAAAGUCAAUGAUUCUCUUCUGUACACUCCUAUGGACUAAAUUGCCUUUUUUAGCAAAUACUUCAAUUCGAUUACAGGCCCUUCUUUUUGGCAAAAUCUGUAUUUGAUAUUAAUUGUGGCAUCUGAAUUAGUAGUUUGAAGUUUUUGUGGUAUUCUUUUUAGCUAACCAAUCAAUAAGCUAUAACUGAUCAUAAGUCAUAACAUGGCAAAUAAUGUGGUCUAAAAAUUGCUUACCAUUGUGAAAAUCAUUAUUGUAUCCUUGCUACAAUUUCGACUGGUAAAGCAUGGACCUUUUAUUAGGGACGGUGGCACAGGUGGUGAGGGUACGUAUGUCCCCCCCAAGUCUCCAUGUCCUAGAGAUGUCCCCGAACAAAAAAUGCAGGGAUUUUUGGGGCGGUGGGAUGCAUCCUUAUGGUACACUAUUUAUAUCUCUCAUGAGACUCGCAGAGAUGAAGCUGGGAAUAAUUAUUUGGUCGGUGCUUUGGUGGUCGCUGCCUCUGACUUUGGAUUCUUUAAGUCUUAUAAUGCUCAUCUUAUUGUUAUAUAGUUUAGUGUGCUUGAAUCUCUUUUUUUUUUAUAUUUCCACGGUUCAGGGCUUUGAGAGAUGACAACAUUUUGAAUCAGUAUGGUAGACAAACUUUUAGACAGAUUUAGGCACCAUUAUUUGUUUUUAAGAGGAAACCUGGUUUCACAAGGAAAGCGUACUUGGUUUGAUUGCACUCUAAUGGCCUUCUAAUUAUAAAUAAGAAUCAAAAAGAGAUUUGAGUCA